AUAUUAAAGCAAUUGUAAGCGUUAUUCUGGGACUUUUGACUAAGGAGUAAUGGACAUGGGGCCUUGAGAUGAGUAAAUCUAAAGAUCUCAUUGAAGCGUGUAAAUCUCUAUUGUACCAUAGUCUGCCUUGUGGAAAUAUAUGCUGGUCGAUCUUCCUCAACAUGCGCAAAAGAGUAAGUCAUGUUAUAAUCACUUCUACUUCAAAUAUGAUCCACUUUCGUAAAACCAGUACUACUGUGAAAUACCAUAUGAACAUCUUCAAUAUUUUCUAAACGGGAAGCUUCAACCUAUUUCGUGAGUUAAUGGUUAACGGCAACCCUGAAAGUGAAACAGCGAGAGUGCUACACUACUACGUUCGACCAGACCUUGCGAAUGUCGUAACACGUACUGAUAUACGGCCUGGGCCCUAUAGUGUAUGUAACCAAUGGUCAUCAUUGUUUGACCUCCAGAUUCAGCUUGUCUACAUAUAAAAUGCUGGUGUGAACACGGGAUUUUGUUUCCACGAGAAGGUCGACGUCUUCAUUAUUCUGAUCUUCUCAACCUGUCUUCUUCAAAGUCAUCAAGCAAACGAAUCAACGAUGAAUCCCAACGGCCGGGUAAAGACGAGCAGGCCUGACGCUACACCUUCUGCCAACCAAACUUCACCGGGAAAACAUGUCAAGUCGACUAUCUUACCGCUGUGCUGUCUGGUGGUUGUGCUCUGUAUCUAUCUCCCGACGAGGACCAAAUUCGCCACGCCCAUAGUAGAACCAGUGCCUAGCCCCAGAAUAACCAGAUUUCACCCGUUGAUCGAGGGAUCUGGUCUAAAGACAGACUCAUCAAAAAACGAAAGCAGUUUGACGUUUUCCACUGCAGAUGCAUCACCAAGCCUUACAAGAAGUUUGUCCAGAACAUCGAUCGUCACCCAAGCUAGUCCAGAUCUCACUACAUCCAGUCCUCCGGACCCACAACACAGUUGUAAUCCCGUGGAAAGGAUAGUCUACGUCAAAACGCACAAGACGGGCUCCACAACCACUGCAUCCAUAUUGGAGCGAUUUGGAUACCUGCGUAAUUUGAGUUUCGCCAUGGGUAAAGGAGGUCAUAUCAUAUCAAACGAGCAAUUGUUCAAACGAUCAAUGCUAUACCAAAUCCCGAACAGAACUCGGCAAGAUUUCGACAUGCUUGUAAACCAUGUUCGAUAUAACAGGAAUGAAAUGGAUGUUGCCGUGCCAGGGGCCAAGUAUGUCACCAUUAUAAGAGAUCCCGUGACCCAGCUUGAGUCGGCCUUCGGGUAUUUUGAGAUGGGCAAUCACCUUAAAAUUGUUUCGAAAAACCCGUUUGAGACUUUCAUGUCUCAGCCACAGAAGUACUACGCAAUGAAAACGUACUUCUGGACAAGGAGUAGAAAUGGACAGAUUUAUGAUUUGGGUUUCGACCACGAAAACGAUGAAAAUGUAGCAAAAAUUCAGGAAAAAAUCGACAAGCUCUCCAAAGAGAUAGAUCUGGUUAUGAUCACUGAAUAUUUCGAAGAGUCGCUCAUUCUUUUACGAAAGCUUAUGUGUUGGGAUUAUUCAGACAUUCUCUACAUCUCAAAUGGGAUCCGUAGUAAAAGUCACAGAUUCGCUGUCAACCAAGACAUGGCGAAUAAAAUCAGAGCAUGGAGCGCGGCUGAUGUCAUGCUCUACGAACACUUCAAUCGAACAUUUUGGAAAAAGGUGGAUGAAUACGGACCAAGCUUCCAAGAAGAUUUGGCGCAUUUUAGAGAAAUCGAAACAAAUGCUAUGAAUAUGUGUAUUAAUUUGAAGAAGAAUAACACCGGGGAUAAGAGAGAAGAUAAACUCACGUUGAAGAAUAAUUCUGCGUUCUGUCAAGACCUUAUUCGCGCUGACGUACCUUAUACGUCUUUGAUUCGAAAGGGUAUGGUGCGUCGUGCUGCAGAGGAAGCAGCGAAGAGAUCAACACCUUGAUAUAAUAUUCACCUCUUUGAUACUUUAUUUAUUAUAGGUGCCUUCUGUUAUUUAUCAUCAACUCGUGGGUAGGCUGAGAAUGAGAGAAUGUCAUAACAAUGAUUGGUGUAUCAUUAUGCGGACAUGACUACAAUGUGUCAAUGAAGAUAAUGUAACGCCGCAUCUCAGCCGUGUGCAAUCCAGUCACAAACAGUGUAUACCUACAUGUACAAACAAAUUAGAUCUGUUGGUGAGUGAAAAUACCACGAGUCCAAUUUAGGAUUAGACGCCAUUUAUGAUACAAGGAUUUAUUAUGCUGAAUAUUUUCAUCUAGGUUUCAACUCGUUAAGGGGCAUGUGAUAGACAUCAACCCUACUUCUGGCAGAAACUCUUUAUAAUACAUGUAAAUACAGGUAAUGCUGAACAUUCUCCGCAAGGUUUCAACCCGUUACUUUUUUUCGCUACAUGAGCUUAAAUGUUUUGGUCACUGUCAUGGCCCUAAUGACAGCCUCCACCGUACUGUGCCAUUCAGUCGUCCAUUUCUUUUUAUCAUGGUUUUGUCCAACCCACCUCCCCCCAUAGUGUGAGCCUCUCCGGCUCCCGAUCUGAUAUGCCUCUUGCAUGUGCAUGGGCGUAUUUCACUUGCGUUAGUACACCCCCCCCCCCCCCGCCACUCAGUGUUAUUAAGGGUAGGCAUUAUGCAUGUUCCCUCCCUUUGAAAGCACACCCCUGAGACCCCUCCUAUAUCCAGUGUGUAAAGUCAAUACGGGCCGGACUUUACUGGAGAUUUUUUGGAACGAAUGCGGUCCCUCGGACCUGGGGGGGGGGGGGGGGGGGGGUAGUAGGUGGUUCUGAUAUUUGCACGUGCUUUAUAUACCAUCAUCACGCUCAUAAUUUUGGCGCGUCAAAAUAUCGCAUCAGUCGCUGACACAGUCCAUUUUAUGACUUGCAAAUGACUUGAAGUACCUUGAAGUACCUUCAAACAAAGUACACUGAGACAAUUACGAUAAUCAGUAAAUCAAAGGUCAGAGCCUUCAUAAUAUCCGGGGGGGGGGGGGAGGGGGUACUCAGAUUGGGUUUGGACUGGUGUGCCGCUCAAGCCUCGAAACCCCUACCCAUUAUUAGGAGUCAUUUGGGGCAUUUUCUUCGAGAAAAAAAAAAUCCAAUUUUAAUGGUAUUUUUGUUAAAAGUGGGACCUAUGUUUAGGGAUUUUUGUGAAAAAGUUAUCCAUUAGAGCGGCACACCCCGUCUGUCCUAAUAUGUGAGUAUCCCCCCCCCCCCGGGUAUAAUUUACCCUAUGCAUUUUGGAGAAAUACGACAUCGUGACCAAUGCCGUACUCUUUUUUUUUUCAAGCGGAAUUCGGGACAUUUAGCCAUAUGAAUGUCUCUUGACUCCACGAGUUCUCUCUUCAUGUUUGUCCAGAACAUAAAUGGCGCCCGCUCCGUCAAGAAGUUCAUUUACUUAUCUCUCAACGACUACGGUAGUAGUAAUGUUGUGCAUGUCCUUUUUUCCCCGACGUGGGACAUUUUAUGGUUGUUGGCAGAGGCGGCGGACCCGGGGGGAGCAGGGGUCACAGUGUCCUCACUUUUUCAAGUGCCCCCUUUUAAUUCUAAUAGAUGCACGUUCCGCGUUCUUAUACCACCUCUGAUAAAGUGCCUCCUUCAACAAUGAUAAUUGCCCUUAUUCAAAUCUAACUGAGGUUUACUUUAACAAGUGCCCUUUUCCUUUGUAAUAAGUGCCCCUUUACCACCUGAUAAGUGUCCCCUUUUAUGUUGGCACGUGCCCCCCCCCCUUUCUGUCUAAUAUGUGCCCUUUUUACUACUGAUAAUGCCAAAUCCCCCUUUUUUAUUUUAAAUAAAAGCCCCUUGCCCUUCUCAUAAAUGCCUCUAUUGAAAUUUCAUAUGUGCCUUUUUCAUUAGACAAGUGCACAUUUUCAUUCUCACAAGUACCCCUAUUCAUCUCAGAUAAAUGCCCCUUUUCAGGUACAAGAAGUUACCCUUACCACCUCUGAUAAGUACCUUUCACCUCUUAUAAUAACCUAUUUAAAAUCUUAGUGGUGCCCUUUAACAAGUGCCUCUUUUCCUUUGUAUGCCCCCUUUUCAUCUCCGGUGAGUGCCCUAAUUCAAAUUUGAGAGGUGCUCCCUUUAACUUGUAAUAAGUGCCCCUUUUCAUUUGAAAUAAAUGCCAAUUUUCGUUGCCAUAAGUGCUUUGUAGGUGCUCCUUUUUUUUCUAGAGAGUGCCCUCUUUUGUUGGUGUCCCCUUCCCCACUUUGAAAGACGCUCCGCCGCCCCGGUUGCUGUUUUGGGGUGGUGGUAGUAGGGAGGGGGGGGGGGGGGGGAGGUGUUAGAGAAUGAUGUUGAUCCCGUUAUAUAAUAUGUUUCAAGGUAGGGAUAAAUGAUUGGUUGAUGGGCAUGCAGUGUACUCCCUUUCUGCAUUUCGAAACUUUAGGAUCUCAAUAGUACCCAUUAAACAAACUUUUUCUGUUAAGUAAGGUAUUUGCCAGAAGAAAGCGUUUUGUAUCAUAAUAUUAACUCUAAAAUACUCGGUACUUGAACUGCUCUGAAAUGUUGUAUGGUAUUUAUUCGCCUUUAUUUAUUCAAUGUACCUCAUAUAUUAAUGCCGUUAUAUGAAUAGGGGGUUCUGAUCAUUUAUAUUUCGAUUUUUUUUGAUGGAGUACAAUAACAAGCAUUUUCUCUUAAUUCGAAAUAGUAUAUUAUAGGUUUGCGAUCAUGAAUGUGGAGAAGGUGAAAUGUUGUGUAAUAUCUGCUCUAUAUAUCCGUUGUACUAUCGUGUAAUUUAUGGAGGGACUUAUUAUACAAUAUUCCGACUAAUGGAGAAAAUCAGUUUCACGUGGAAAUUUUGAUUACGUUCACAAGGGUUAGUGUAAACAGUGAAGUACAAUGUAUUAGUUGCCUACGUCCUGCGUAGAAAUUUAUGGCAAUGGCAAACAAAUUCUGAUGUUCAAUGUAAUGUGCUUUGUUUAAUGUAAUGUGCUUUGUUUAAUGUAAUGAUAUGAUUUUGUACAUGUACUGGGUGAUAUAUUUUAAUGAGGUCAAAACGAGUAAUUUGAAAAAUAACAAUGAUAAUGACUAGGAUAAAUAUAAAUUUGAUGUUGUUUAUACACAAGCUAGACAAAUCGGUAUAAAUAUCUGUAAAGCGCUUAGAGGCAUCGUCGACAUAAUAUUACCAAGAACAUUAUCAUUAUUAUUACUAAUACCGCUCUUUCUGUAGACCCUACAAUUAUUAUUACUACAGCAAGCAUCGCCUGGUCCCCAUUUUGCACUAGGUUCAAGAGGGAGAAAUAUUAGCGAAAUAACUUGUCCAAGGAUGUAAGGGCAGUAAGCACUGAGCAAGGAUCAGAUGCAGGACCUCACGAAUGAAAGUUUUUUUUUUAAUCAUCGGUAUACCACAGUCCUCCCUCUAUUGUGUACAGGAUAGUUCGAUUGUCGAUGGAAAACGGCGAUCGGUUACAUCAGAUUGCACAUUGUUAAAAUGGAAAAGGGUAAAACUAAUAAUGCGGUUCCGAUAAAAUUGUAAACCUUUCUCUCCUUCUCCCCCUCCUAUCCCCUCCCUCUUUUCCCUUUCGUAUAUCUUUUGUAACCGGGCAAUAAUCAUGUUUUUUUUCACUGAGGUCAAAGCUAUAUGUCGACUUUUUCAAUGAAUUCUAUUCGUAUCUAGUCAAAGUGCACAACAUAUCUUAACAAUAAUAAAUUAUAUCUUUUUCUCUCAUA